UGAUUGAUUCAGCAGCAUCGUAUCACUGUAGACGUCCCAUAUUAAUCACUGCAACCUAUUCAUUUCGGACUUAAAUAUAUGCAGAUCAGCUUUAUUUCAUCUUUAUCUCCGCGAGAUACAAGUAAGUGCGUUUGUUUCUGGGUACCGCCGAUAUCCGGGCUCGUGCACAUAGUGUUUGUUGUGGUAGAAUCGCAGCGAUCAAAUGUGCUGCGGCAAGGAUGCAAGAUGUUUUGACCACAGCAGACAUUGAAUAGCGUGAUUGUCCCUCUAACAACAUGGAGGAACAAAAUUCAGUAAAAGAGUGGCGUCCUGCCCUAUCCAUCUCAGCGCGUGAAGCAUGCAAUGUAUUUAUUCGGAAAGGGUUUUGUCGCGCGCGCUGGCCUCCAGUCGCUAAUGCAUAACAGUCCUAGUGUUUGCCAUAUUAUGCAUGCAGAUGUGUCGUACAGCUGCAUCCCUUAGGAUCUUUAUAAAUUUCCAGCUGUUAAGAGCCCUUGGAAAUAUGAGCCAAACAUCAGAGCCUUCAGCCGAUGCUGCUGUGACUGAAGCUCCAGUUUCUCAAUCUGAAACCAAGCAAUCAACAGCAGGGAAGAAACAGAACAAAAAGAAAGUAGAAGAAGUGGUGGAAGAAGAAGAAGAGGAGUAUGUUGUAGAGAAGGUUUUGGAUCGGCGCGUGGUGAAGGGAAGAGUGGAGUAUCUCCUCAAGUGGAAAGGCUUUUCUGAUGAAGACAACACUUGGGAACCUGAGGACAACCUGGACUGUCCUGACCUCAUAGCAGAAUUCCUUCAGUCGCAGAAAUCGGCUGAAUCUGGAGGCAAGAGGCGGGCCGAAUCUGACGGAGAUGGAAAGGAAACCAAAAAGCGCAAGGAUGAGCCUGAGAAACUCAGAGGUUUUGCACGUGGUUUGGAUCCUGAGAGGAUUAUUGGUGCUACAGACUCAAGUGGAGAACUCAUGUUCCUCAUGAAAUGGAAAAACUCUGAUGAAGCUGAUCUUGUACCAGCCAAGGAGGCGAAUGUAAAGUGUCCACAAGUGGUCAUCUCCUUUUACGAGGAACGCCUCACCUGGCAUUCAUACCCCACUGAAGAGGAAGAGAAGAAGGAUGACAAAAAUUAGACGACAACGGAAAAAAAAAUUGAUGUAAGGACAGUCGAUAUCAGUCGUGGCCAUUGAUCUGCUUUUUUGUUGUUGUUCUUUUUUUUUUUUAAAAGAUGGCAAAGGAAAAUUGUCAGAAACAAACUUGUACAAAGCAACAUUAUAAACUAAUCUACAUAGGUUUCAGCGUAUUUUAGUUUUGGCACCAUUGCCGUAGAUGAAGCGAAUAGAACACUAGAAAGGUGACUUUGCACCUUUAAUGUACUCUUUAAAAACAUUCAAAUCAUAUUCAGAUUUAAAUUUAUACAACAUAUUGAAAAGCAUCACAGUCUGAUAUUCAUACAUGUGAUUUAAAAACAAAUAAAAAAUCUUUACAUGUUAGAAAUGCCCCCUACCCUGUGUAGAUUACAAUGUUUUAGUCUGUCAUAUACUGGGUCGGUUUCAUUUGAUGCUGUAGCUGUCUCUAAAACGUCCUGAUGUAUUUCAUGAUCCUUAAUUUAUGUUUAUAUAACUAAUGUUAAAAUAUUACUGCCUUAACAGAUUAUUAAGAAAACGUCACUUUUAUACAUCUGUCAAUGCAGGUGGUCAUUGAAUGCAUGACUGUAUCUGGGCCCAUGGAGAAAGGUUUAGGAUAUAAGCCUUAUUAAACAUUCGGAAUUGGCUUUGAUAUAUUUGGUUUUAUAAAGUCAUGCCAGCAGCUGUUACUCUUCAGUGUUUAUUUGCCCAUGAACUAUUACGUGUCUGGUCUUACCAUAGGUGCUAUUUGUGAGUCAGCCCCAUUGGAUAUUAACAGUCUUUCUUAGACAGUUGUGUUUGUAAAUAUUCCAUUUCCUUGCACAUCAGUAUCACUGUGUACAGUCAGCUGAAGGUUUGUUUUUACUUUGGUACUCUUUUGUCUUAUUACUGUUACACAACAAAGUAAAAGAACUGUAACCUCCUGAACACAUUUCAAGUAUGUUUUUAUGUUUUGAGCUUUAACGAUUGUAUGCUAGUUUGGUUUAACCAUGUUAUUAGAGCAUAUUAUCAGAGCAUUUGCCAUUGAAUUACCAUUUUCAAAAAUAAAAAUCUUUGUUGUAAUUCUGUCAAAA